CGGGCACUGGUUUACUGUCGGCUAACUCGCCGCCUCCCUCCCUCUCCUUUAAGGCUCGGCGCCACCUCCCCUUUAAGCCCGGCGGGCUCUUCCAGUAUAGCUCUCGCUCUGAUUUGUGUCUGAUUUGUCUCGCGCUGCUGCCGUCGUUGCCGUCUCAGCCGAGCCCGGCGCGAGCUGGGGCGAAAACGAGGCUGUCGCCACCGCCCGCCUGCCCGCCUCUGCAGCUGCUGUUACUACGACCGCCGCGAGGCCGUUGCUAUGGCGGGGGGUUCGGCUCGCGCCUCUCCCCGUCCCCUUCCCGCGCCGCUCGGGCUGGCGCUGGUGGUGCUGGGGCUGGGGCUCGGGGGCCACCGGGGGGCCCAAGCCUUACUGUGUUUGUGCUCUGAAUGCAACCAAGGAAAUGCCACAUGUGAAACAGAUGGUGCCUGCAUGGUCUCAAUAUCAAACAUGAAUGGGAUCAAGCAUCACAUCCGAACCUGUAUACCUGAAGCAAAGCUGAUUCCUGCUGGAAAACCCUUCUUCUGCCUAGGUUCAGAAGAUGUGCGCAAUACACAUUGCUGCUACUCUGACUUGUGUAACAAAAUUGAUCUUAUGGUACCCAGUGGACAUGUGAAAGACGAUGAAAUUCCUUCUAGCUGGGGACCUGUGGAGCUGGUGGCUGUGAUUGCAGGCCCAGUCUUCCUUGUGUUCAUCAUCAUGAUCAUAGUAGUUUUUGUCUUUCACCACCACCAGCGAGUAUAUCACAAUCGUCAGCGAUUGGACAUGGAGGAUCCAUCUUGUGAGAUGUGCCUAUCCAAGGACAAAACCCUACAAGACCUAGUGUAUGAUUUGUCCACCUCUGGCUCUGGCUCAGGUUUGCCACUUUUUGUCCAGCGCACUGUGGCUCGAACAAUUGUCCUUCAGGAAAUAAUUGGCAAAGGUCGUUUUGGGGAAGUGUGGCGUGGCCGAUGGCGUGGUGGUGAUGUAGCUGUGAAAAUAUUCUCUUCGCGGGAAGAGCGAUCCUGGUUCAGGGAAGCAGAGAUCUACCAAACUGUCAUGCUGCGGCAUGAGAAUAUUCUGGGGUUUAUUGCUGCGGACAACAAAGAUAAUGGCACUUGGACUCAGUUGUGGUUGGUCUCCGAUUACCAUGAACAUGGCUCAUUGUUUGAUUACCUCAACCGAUACACUGUAACUAUUGAAGGGAUGAUUAAACUAGCUCUCUCUGCUGCCAGCGGACUGGCACAUCUGCACAUGGAAAUUGUGGGAACCCAAGGGAAACCUGGGAUUGCACACAGAGAUUUGAAAUCCAAGAAUAUACUAGUGAAGAAGAAUGGAACUUGUGCCAUUGCAGACCUGGGUUUGGCUGUCCGCCAUGACUCAGUUACCGAUACAAUCGACAUUGCACCCAAUCAGAGGGUUGGAACAAAACGCUACAUGGCCCCUGAGGUUCUUGAUGAAACUAUUAAUAUGAAGCAUUUUGAUUCAUUUAAAUGUGCUGAUAUCUACGCCCUGGGCCUGGUCUAUUGGGAAAUUGCUCGCAGAUGCAAUUCUGGAGGUAUUCAUGAAGAAUAUCAACUUCCAUACUAUGACCUUGUGCCCUCUGAUCCCUCCAUUGAAGAAAUGCGAAAGGUUGUGUGUGACCAGAAGCUGCGGCCCAACAUCCCCAACUGGUGGCAGAGUUAUGAGGCUCUGCGAGUAAUGGGGAAAAUGAUGCGUGAGUGCUGGUAUGCUAAUGGGGCAGCACGACUAACAGCUUUGCGCAUCAAGAAAACUCUCUCUCAGCUGAGUGUCCAGGAAGAUGUGAAAAUUUAGCCAGCAGGCCACAUCCUGAGGAAACUGCACAAAAGCUACCAUGCUAGAAUUGAUAUAUGGUGAAGAAGGCCUACCUCGUAUUUCUACAUAGCCUGCUGCUAUCAGCUGGACAACUUGGCCUGCAGGUGAUUCGGUGAGGAGGGUGGACUUCAUAGACUUAAGCUCUCUUCCUGGUUCAGGAGUGAAAUGCAUCUUUUUUUUUCCUGAUCCCCUCCUGAGAACAUAAAGAGGGGCUUGUAUAGAGAGAUGUUGACCACAACUGUAAUCUUGGUUUUUUCUGACGGAAAUCCCUGUAAAUUCUAGUGACAUGUUUGUUGGGGAAAGCCUUAUGGCUUGGGAGAGAAAAAGACUUAUUCGUGUACUGAACAGUAGUCUGGGGGUGGUGUGGAGGAUGUUCUUGAGAGCUAACCUGUACACACACUAGGCAUCGGAAGCCUUGUGUGCUCCCCAUUUGGCCAUAUUGAAGCUUUUGGCCCUUUUCUAGCUUGACAGGUCCUAAGCCAGCGCAGCGCUUAGUGCUCAACGGUGUGUGCAUGUGCAAAGGUACGUGUCCCUGUGCCCCUAAGGUAUGUAUUGUGUCCGCUUGUGCUCCUGUGCAUGUGCAACUGUAGACUGUCCUCUUGUGAAGUGCAGGUGCUAGUGCCCUCUUCAUCCACUAAUUGAUCAUUAUCUAGCUUUCUUCUUACUAGGGAGGGGUAUGGAUGUACCCUGCCAAUUGUCAGACCUAUUAGGGACACUAUACAAGUUAUCUCACUGCCAACCUUCCCCUCUUGUUAAAGCAGGGAAUUUUAUUUUGUUUUUUAGCUCUCCCCCUCCCCCACAUAUGCCCCCUCCCCCUUUGAUAACGCUGGGUAGCAAUUAUAGUCUAGCAAGUAGAGUGAUCUGCAGGAGGAACAAAUGCCAGGAAUUAGUCUUGAUCUUGUGAGAGGAAAUAAGGCAAAAGGAGGGCUGAGAAAAGAAGUUGACCUCUUGGGAUCAUGGCCCUUUCAUUUUUCAAGGAGCCUUUGGCAGAACAAUUCUAGUGUAUUAAAUCUGGGUGUUCUAAACAGUGAAGCAUCUAUGUGGAAACAUGCAUUCAGAAGAUUGCUGGCAAGAUUUCUCUCUCAAAGAAUGACGACUGCAAAUGAGUCUUUUAAAAAGAAGUGUAUAUCUGUGUGUAUGUAGUCUCCCAUAUUCUGGAAGCAACUAUGUGUCAGUUGAGGGUGGGUUAGGAGAAAGUUGGGAAUUGAUUAACUGCAUGCAUUUUGUUUAAACUGAAUAAUCAGGGUGUGAGAAGACUGAUUUGGCUGUCACAUUUGUGUGGAAGACAGCCAGAGGCUGUAUUAUGAUGCAAAGAGUGCAGCAAAAACUCUGUGAGUUGUGUUGGAUAUGUGUGGUAGAUAACUCCCGAAGCCAUAACUUCUAACUGGAGUUUGAUUUUUUAAAAUUAUUAUUUUAUUGGAAGAGUCUGGAUUUUAACUUUUUUUUACUGUUCUUUAUAAGAUAAGUAACAUUGGUGAUUACCUCUCGUUCUGUUUAUAAAGAAAUCACUGCAAAAAAAAAAAACCUGGAAAAAAAGGCGCACAGCUCAAUUUUACACUGGAACUGUUCCUACUCAAACCAUGAGCCCUGGCUUCCAAGAGGAGAAGUGAUCUCUCCAUUCUGAUGCAGGACAUUUUUUAAGACUACAGAGCAGCGUGUGUGUGUGUGUGAGUGUGAGUGUGUGUCUUUCUCCCUUCCCUCAAACCCAUCUUCCUGUCUGCAACUGUGUUGGUGUGUAACAUUGAAGAGUUGUUGAUUGUACUUUGGGGUCAGUUAUUUCAUGCUCCCUUUUGGUUUGAAACAAGCUGUUGCUUCCUCCAGGGCUGUGUUUUGAAAAUCUCAGGCGCUCUUAUUCACAGAAGGGUAUGUGGUGUUUGCGCUUCUGAUUGUAAAACAUGCUUUCUUCGCUGAUUUUCUUCUGAUUGUUUUGGAGCCAGAGGCUACUACACAGCUUGCCAAAUCAUUCCUACAUCUCAGAUCUAAAAUUAAAGGCACCUUGAAAUCAUUCUAGAGCAGGUAUUCCUAUGCAGUAAAUGAGAAGAAUGAUCUGUUGGUUGCUGACACUGGAAAUCUAAAACUGUACAUCAUAUGGUUUUAAAUGUGAGAAUUGGGUAAUGGGAAAUACACCGUUGUUUUCCAAUAGAGACGGAGCGCUAUUGCUGAGUCCCCCAUUGAGCGAGGGUCUCUCUUAACUCUUUAGAGAGCCAUUGUCCUUAGACUUCUUGACCUUGAUGGUGUGGAACAUUGAGAAAGUUGUGCCUGUGGAAUUAACCUGCUGCUGAAUGACCCAGCAUUCUUGUAGGCACAUACUUCUCCCAAGCAGCCCCUGGUGGCGCAGUGGUAAAACUGCCGCCCUGUAACCAGAAGGUUGCAAGUUCGAUCCUGACCAGGGGCUCAAGGUUGACUCAGCCUUCCAUCCUUCCGAGGUCGGUAAAAUGAGUACCCAGAAUGUUGGGGGCAAUAUGCUAAAUCAUUGUAAACCGCUUAGAGAGCUCCGGCUAUAAAAGCGGUAUAUAAAUGUAAGUGCUAUUGCUAAGCAGUAAAUCCUCUUCCAGAGCACAUUUCUUGUUUCUUCUGGAACACUACCUUCAUGACCUCCUAAGCACACACUUAUGAAUAGGUUCAAUUCAAAUCGGCGAGAUAUGCUUUCAUGUAAAGGCAGUUUGAAAUGGGGGUGUAAUUCACUUCUGCCUUAUGUGAAUUUGCUCCCACCCCACAUGUGUGCAUGCAUGCAAGAUACAUGUAAGCAGCUGUCACUUUCUCCUCAUGUAUAAGCUUAAUUGUGUUUUGUUGCCUCCUAAAGUCUACAAGGGUUGGGCUGAAUAGCAAUUGCUGGCUCAAAGUUCUAUAGCAUAUACAUGUAUCUGUAUAUGUGACUGGGUCUCUGAGGUAUGAAAAAUAAUCCAUGUAGCAUUUAUACAACACUCUGCCCAAAGAGCCCUGCAAAUGUGCAGAAGAAACAUUGCUCAGUGCCAACCUGCAGCCAUAUAAGAGGAGGAGCAAGGCAACUAUGAUAAAUAAAUAAACUAGCUGAAGAGCAUAAAAGCACACACACACUAUAUUCAGGGCAGGGCUCAUAGGACACUGAGAUACUGUAACAUGUACCUAUCCAGUGAAAAUGAGUGCAAUUUACAUUUUGCACUUACACUAGGCUAAAGAGAAACACAUUUCCCUGCUUCUCUUUCUCUUGUUACAAUAAUACGUUGGUAUGAAACUUCACAGGACUGUUUUUCAUGUCCAUUCCCCUGUGCAUCAAAAGGAGAAGUCUAGGACCUACACAAAUUAUUGAUGGUUGCUUUUCCCCCUAAAAAUCAACCAGACACAAUUGUACUACCUGCCAUGCAUGUGUGGUUUUUCUUCUUCUGGAAGAACAGUGGUGCAGUGCUCUGCCAAGUGUAUUUCUGUCUGGUUUUUCAUACUAAGGGCAUCCAGAAAAACAAUGGAAAUCAAUAACCCCAACCAGACAUCCUUUAGGUUUGCUUGAACAUCAAGGAGGUUACAAGACGAAAUUCUAGUUGGGGAACAAACAGUCUGAUUCAUCUUGGCAUCAAUCAGACACGAAAGAGUCUGAUAGCCGUUCGAAGUGCAAGAGUUAAUUUACAGUGCAGGUGUGUCCUUAAUCUUUUUCUUAUGUAAAAGAUGGAAGGUGUGUGUUCUCAGCUGGUGCUAUUAAUCUGUGGCAGGUGGCACCCUGGCUUCAGAACAGACCAUUCUUGUACCGUUGUCUCUCUCUCCUUCAUGAUCUCUGUGCAUUCACACCUAUGGGAAAUACUGUGCCUCUGCAGAGUUCUGUUUUGGAACCUUCCAGAGCUUUGCAUCAAAUAUUUUUGAUAGCAGCUCCAUCCCCCUGCUGCUGCAGGGCCAGCAUGGCUUCUGCCUCAUCAGUUCUUCUUCAGGCUUCACAGCAGCUGCUUCGUGAAUGCUUUUGGACGUUUCUUGCCCUGCCAAACUGUUUUGCUUCUGUAUCUUGCUUAUAUUCUUUAAUUUUAAGAUCACAUAUACCUUUCAGCAUUAUUUAAUCUUUCACAUUUCUUAUCUCUCCUCCCUCUUCUUGCUGCUACUGUCCUGGCUGUAGGCUUAUGGUCAGUGAGAUUUCCUUUUUAAAAGUGUGUCUGUUUGUGAGAGCAACUCCCAACAAACAUCUACUCUUUGGGGGCAGCGGUGAGACUAUCAGAAUUUCAUGUGUUGAGCAUGAUAUGUUCACCCUUGUUUGCAGACAUUAUCCUCCUGAGGAAGUGCUAUUGGCCUUUGAUUACUUGACCAAGAAUCAAAAUACACCUGCCUGACUGCUGCUGCAUAAUGUUUUGGCACCUUCUAUCACAGCUCUUUGGGACUUUUCAUCAACCACAGUUAUUGUCUGCUUUGGAACCUGAUAUCAAUUGGCUCCCCCAUAGGCUCUUCCAUCUCUAACCCUGGGCCAUAUAAUACUGGUGAACCAGCUUGGACCUGGCAGUUCCAAAGUGCCUCAGCACUGUUACUGAAACUGAGGCCUGGACAUAAGCCACCUUAAUCAAGGCUGCCUAAACAGGUUUCUUCCCAAGACUAUUUCUGGCAUUCAGGCUUAUAUGGAAAGGAUGACGCCAAGGCUCUGAUAUAAGUCUUGUGACUCAAAGCUACUUACACAGCCUCCAUCCAGGAGGGAUGGCUACCUGUACACUCAUGUGGAGUGGUCAACUCUAAUCCUGAAGGUUCAGCCCCAAAUCUGGCUAUAUUCCAUACUGUUCCAGAGGUUCUUUUCUCAGUGUCCCAAGACAUUUAGCCUCAGUAGCAACAGUUGCCUGUCAGAGCUCUCCCAGCCUCUGCUUCUAUCUUGAUACUGCUGUUGUUCACUGCUGUCAGAUUUGCUGACUACAGCUUCUCGUAACAAUACAAACAAGUGCUAGUUCUAUGAGAAGUUAAUCUCUCAUUUAAAGCUAUAUUUGCCCUGCUGACUAGAGACCUAAUUCAAGUUUUGGUCCCUAGACCUCACUGUAUUGACUGCUCAAACCCUUAGCACUUAACUAUUGCUGUAUAGAGACAAUUUAACCUUUUGGUAUCUGUAACUGCACUUCCUAGCUCUAGCUAGAUCUUGGUUAUUAAACCAUAUUUUAUUUGCAGUUUAAACUUUUAGUACCUAACUCUCUCUGUACAAGCCGUCAGUCUUUUGAACAACCACAGCAUCUAACACGGGUCUUGGUUUCUAAGUCCUACUGUAGGAACUCUUCAAAGCUUCUGUUAUUAACUCUUUCUGUGGUAUAAAUUCCUUUAUUCCUUGACACCCAAUUGUAGUUUCUGUGCUUAGUCCUUGCUAUAGUAUCAGUUCAGUACAUGUUAUCUAGCAUACCCCCGGCACCUCGUUUUCAGUAUACAAACAAAGCCUCUGUACCUAACUGCCAUUUAUGUACCUAAGCCAAACCACCCCCAUAUAGAAAGUACAGCACUUCUUCGCCUGUUCCUGAAAGUACUGACUGUACAACCCUCAAUACUGAACUUCAGUCUCUCUGCAGCAAAGACUAGAUACCAAGAUAAUUUGCAGUCUCAAUCUCUGACUACAUUCGGUUUCUUACCCUCUUUAUAUGGGAUGUGUACAUGUAGUUCAGUAUGCAAGAAUAAACUGUAAUAUUGGUGUCUUUCAUAUCCAGAUUCCUACUAAUCCUCAUGCACACCUCAGUACUAAACAUGGUCCUUAAUUCCAGGACCAGGGUGCAUACCUUAUGUCUUGCUCUAUUUACUGGCCAUUAGUUUUCUCUGUAUAAGUACCUGUAUUGAUACCUGCCUGAGUCUUAGUACCCAAAAUGGGGUUACAGAAUGGGAUACAAACAGCCUAAUCAAGACCCUUCCCAGAGAUGUUGGACAUUGUACUGUAAUCAUGGAGGCCAUCCACAUGCAGAUGUCAUGUGGCCAACUGAAAAUCUUUCAUGAACAUUGUUAUGGCCUGGGAUGUUUCCCAACGUAUACAGGAGCUCAUCUUCUCCUCCUUUCCUUCCCUGGCAGCUUUGAGGCUCAGUAGCCCUUUCCUAAAAGUUUGCCAGUUCAGCAUAUCAUGACCAUCUUCCAUCUGUUUCACUUCUCCUUACCAUUCUUGAAGACGUUCUUAACAACAUUUACAAAUUACAACGAUUACAAAUCUUUACCAUCUGGAAACCACAGUACCCCCUCCCUGAAAUUACCUGUGUCUAAACCAUUUGAACCUAUGGCUGCCCAUGAUCUCGGUUCACUCUCUUUUGAGAGUUUCCUGCUUGUUCUUACCUCUGCCUGUAACAUGUUGUGCAAGCAGAGCUCUAUGCUUCAGCCCUCUAUUCCUUGUUUUUCAAAAGGACAAAGUACUACUCUGCCAGACCUUCAAAAGGAAGAUGAGGGAUCUGGCUUCCAAUGGCCUCCAGAUAUUUCAUUGGAAGUCAGAUCCUUUAUCUUUGUUCUGGAAGUCUGGCAGAGUCUUGUUUUUGUUACAGUCCUUGUAAAAAAACAAAGAAGGGAGGAGUGGUUGGAGCAUAGCGCUCUAAGUACACUGCAUGUUACAGGCAGAGGUAAGAGCAAGCCGGAAACUCUCAAAAUAGAGUGAACUGAGAUCAUGGUCAUUCAUAGGUUCUACCUGUGAAAAUAGGUAGAACAUAUGAAAUAUCUUUAUAUGCCUGUUUUUCCCCUUCAUUAACAUCUGUAGAUAAGCGAACUCUGCAUUUCUUGGACAUGCGAAGGGCUUUUGUCUUCUAUAGGGAAUCUACUUCCUUUGAGCACUCUUUUUCCAUUUGUCUGGUACUCUGAUCCCAACAAGGAAGUCCAGGUGCUACAACAUUUUUGCACACGUUCUAUAUGCACUGUGGCCAUGUCUGCCACAUUUGAUAUUGGCAUCGCCAUUCCUAAUCUAUGCUACUAGGAUGCUUUCUGCUUUGAGGAGGCUUGUUUUGAACUGUCUCUGUAUCUAAUUCACUGCACCCUCUUUCCAAGUAAUUAAGCUUGACACUCUCCCAGAAGUGUGAAUGCACAGAAAUCACAAAGAAGAAAAGCAGAGGUUUUUAAAUCUGUGAUUUGCAUUCUUUUGUCCCCUGUGCAUUCAGACAACCCUCCCUCUCUGCUGAGUGGCUCUGUUCCCUAUGAGGAGUCUGCUAUGGCAGACCGUCAGAACUGAGGAGGAAGAGGUGGCAGCCAUGCUGCCUUAGGCUGGCCUGGCAGUAGCAGGGGUGGGGCUACCACCAAAAACCUUUGAGGCAAAGUUUGAAAGUUUUGAGAUGGAGCUGUGCGCAGGCACAGUAGUUCCCUUGGGUGUAAAUGCACAGAUGACUGCUUGAAGAACAUCAGUUACAGGUUUUAAAAAACCCUGCUGCUUCUCUUCCCUUCUCCCAUCUACUACACUUUUCCCUCUUUCGUCUCCUCCUAUCACUGGCUCCUACUUGAUCUUUUAUAUUUGUUUCAGGUUUUAUAUGUUUUGUUAGGAAAAAAAACUGUAAAAUAGCCACUUAGACACUUUACCUCCUCAGUAUGCAAAUGUAAAUAUAUGUAAUAUAGGAAAGAAAUCUUUUGUUUUAAUAUAAGAAUGAUGCUGUCCAAUUUUCUGUUGUAUAUUAAAAGUUUGUUUUUAUUCA